GCUCAAGUUUCCUUCCACGUAGCACCUCAGCGACAACGGCGGGGCGUCCCCGGUCGGGACCACUGGCGAGCUCGGCUUCGUUGGAGAACCUCUCGCACGCUCUUGGACCCAGUCCAUGGAGUGUUCCGACGCAUUUACGGCAGCGGUCAAGCCCCGAGACGCUGCUGUGCACCCUCGAAGGCACCCUAGGUCCAGUUGAGGAGCCACCCAUGGGGCCCAGUCUUGACCUAGGGCUUGCGCCUUCAUCUUGCACGGAAAAUCCCCCGGUGACCCCUGUUAGAGACCCCGGUGACCUGUCAGAGUCUUGGCGUGGUGAUGACACAGCUGAAGAGGCUGACAACACCUCUGAAGAGGGAUUCCUGGAAGGUGAGCUUCCCGGAUUGGACGACAGCCUCGAAGGCCGACCAUUGCAGUAUGGCACUCCCCCGGAAGGACCGCCCCCCACCGGUGGCCGUGUGCCUGUGCAGCAGAGUAGCAUUCUGUCCAUGGACGAUGAGGAACGCACCUCGGACAACGAGCUGACACAGUUGGGGGACAAUGGCCCUUUCAACAACAUCUGGAAACUUCUGCGCCAUCCUGCACACCUGGCUGUGUUCCUGCACUACCUGCUUUCAAGCCAGAUGAAACCCUCCAGCCUGCUGUUUUUGAUAAUCACGAACUUGUACAAGCUGGGCACUGGCAAGGAAAUGAAGAAGUGGGCCUACGAGAUCACCUCUACGUUCCUGGUGCAGAAUGCGCCUCUUGGUAUCGAGAACAUUGACGAGACCAUACUAAAGGAAAUUGACAAAGUUCUGCAGACCAGCCAGGAGCAGCAGGGCCAGGAGGAAGAGGAGCUCAAGGACAUCUUCCUCAAGGCACGAGAAAAGGCCAUGGAGCAGCUCAAGUGCCUGCUGGUCGAGUUCAGGAAUACCCGCACCAUCGGGCUGUCGGGGCUGUACAUGCCAAAUGACGUGACGCUGGACGACUCGCUGAGGGACAAGAACGCCGAGCUGCACAUAGUCGAGUCCCUGCUUCUCACGGAACUCGAAACACUGGGGAAAGAAGACGCUGAGAAUCCAUCGGACUAUAAGUCUGCACUGGCUUCUGCCCUGGCCACGGUGCUAAAGAGCUUUGGCGUCAAGACACCCAAUGCAGUGGCCCUCAUUGAACGGUUUCCCACUUUCGUAGCCCGUGAAAAGUCACGCCUGAAGUUCUUCCCUCGCAAUAAGAAGUUUGCAUUUCAGACGAUCCAUACACGAGGCCACCACUUCCAGUCACAGCAGUACCACCGCGUCACCUACUGCAACCACUGCCAGCACAUCAUCUGGGGUGUCGGUGACCAGGGCUACCAGUGCACCAACUGUGAGAUGAAUAUCCACAAGACUUGUGUCCGAGUGGUGGAGGAGCAGUGCAUUGGCUCACUGUCAUUGCCGCACAAGAAGGGCAAGAAGAACCAUCGCAUGUCUGGUCUGAACCUCAUGGAGGGCAUCAAGACCAAGGCACGCCGCCCAAACACUCGCCGAGUCACCCAGCACUCUGUGGAGGACUGGAGCGGCACCCUCGACCAAACCACGCUACCUCUGGACAAUGAUCGGAGCCGUCCAGAGACCGGUGAUGAGUGUGCAGCUGCUGCCGUGGUGGGUGGUGCUGCAGAGCUGCUUGACAGAGGGGCGGCCCGCAAGAACUCUGCCACUGCUGUUGGGCGCUCGGAGAGCUUUCGCCAAAGAAGAGAAACACGGCCAUCUUAUCGGAAGCGUAGCGACCCCAACAUCCCAAGGUCCAAGAGCGAUGUGGACGUUGAUGACAAGCCAACCAACCUCAACAACUCUGGCAGUUCUUCCAACUCCAGCCUUUCUACCAGGAGCUUGGAGAGCCCGAGUCAGUCCUGGGAGGCGGUGCAUCGCGGUGAAGUGCCCACACUUGGUCCAUUGGAUGACUCUGACCUGGAGUGGGACCUGGAGCCACCGGACUGGCAGGCUGCACUGGGCCGUGAGGCCCUGCGACAGCUCAAACCCAAGGAGAAGAAGCGACAGGAUGUCCUUAACGAGCUCUUCCACACAGAACGGUCGCACGUGCGUACGCUCAAGGUGCUUGAGCGCAUCUUUCGGCGACCCUUGCAGCAGCAGGAGCUGCUGGCUCCUGAGCUGCUGCAGCGGCUCUUCCCCAACCUGGACGAGCUGCUGCGCAUCCAUCAAGGCUUCAGCAGCCUCAUGAAGCGGCGGCGGGCUCAGGAGCCACUCAUAGGCGACAUCGGUCCCAUGAUGCUUGCCAUGCUGGAUGGUGAGUCUGGCGAACGACUCCAGCAGGCAGUGGCCACUUUUUGCCAGCAUCAGUCUCUAGCCCUGGAGGCCCUGAAGGCGCGGCAGAAGAAGGAUCAGAAGCUGGCACAGUUCCUUACCGAUGCAGAGAUGCACCCGCUGUGUCGGCGGUUGCAGCUGAAGGACUUGGUUGCGGCUGGCUUCCAGCGACUGACCAAGUACCCGCUGCUGAUUGAGAAUGUGGCCAAGCACAGUGCCCUGGGAUCCACUGAGCAUGCCCAACUGCAGCGUGCCCUUCAGUGCUCCAAGCGCAUCUUGGCACACGUCAACCAGGCCGUGCGCGAAGCCGAGAAUGCACACCGUUUGGCCGAGUUGCAGCGGCGACUGGACAAGAGUGCCCUUGACAAGGUCGAGAACCACCCCCUCAGCCCAGUGUACAGGCAUCUGGACCUCAAGCGACACCGUCUGGUGCAUGAAGGCGCACUGACAAUGCGGCUGCCUCGGCAGAAGCCACUCGAUGUCCAGCUGGUGCUGCUAGAGGACCUACUGCUGGUUCUGCAGCGUCAAGACGGCAGCGAACGGCUGGUGCUGCGCUUUUACUCCGUGUGCCUGCCAACGGCAACGGCCGAGGACCGCAUGUUGCAGUGCCCCGUCAUGCGGCUACGGCACCUACAUGCCCGCGACGUUGCCACCGAUGCGCGUGCCUUCUUCCUUCUGGACACUGAACCUGAGCAGCGUGCCAUGUGGGAAUUCGCUGCUGCCUCGGCUGCUGAGAAACGCAGUUGGCUAGAGCACAUUGCCGCUGCCACACGUGCACACGUGCCUCCCGGUGAUGAUGAAGGCAAACAGGCUGCGGACACAACCUCUGAAGACGUGCCUGAAGUUCUUGACACCAGUGCAGCCGACCAUGAGGAAGAGGAGGUGCCUACGGAGGAAGGAGAGAACAAAGAGGAGCCUGCAGCCUCGGUGGCCGAUCAGUCGGACAAAGAAGAGCCUGCCAAGGAGGAGAGCAACAGCUCCAACAAGGAGGUGUUGGUCGGUGCUCCCGUGGCAACCUCCUCAGUGGCUCAGGGAGGCCUGUCCUUGGUGGACUUCCAAGAAGUGGUCGUGGUGCCCAGUGCUCCUUGUGAAACAGCCACGCCUGUGCUCACUCCCAUUGAGCGACUUCGGCGCCAGGAUCAACAGGUUCUCUCAGCCCUGGCUGAGAAGCAGGCACUACUUGCAGAGAUCCUGCGAAUCCCCAGUGAAGACUACGUUCACAUGGCUGAGAUCUCGGAAGAGAUGAAUGCUGAGAAGGGCCUCAUGGAGCUGCUGCUGCAGGUCACUUACCAUGCGAACCAACUACCGGUGCUGAUCAAUGAGGCGAUGAACGUCACGGAGGAGGACGCCGUGGCUGCUGCCUCGAGCCCUGAAGGUGCAGCUCGUCAUCAAGGAGUGUGCCCUCACCGCCUGCUGUCAUCUGUGCAGCCAUUGCUGCGUUACCUCAGUCUGCUUGCUCCAAGCCUGGCUGAGCUGGAGCAAGAGAGACAGCGGCUGCGCCAGGAGCUGUCGCGCUUGCAGGAUGCCCGACAAACGCUGCCCUGCACGGAGCCAGAUUAUGGAGGUGCAGUUGUAGCAGCUGAUGACGACGUGGUAAGAGCUACCGAGUGCUGCCGCGAGGCUGCUGUGCAGACGCUGGAAGAGGCCGUCUGCCACUGUCCGACCACUGACCUGGAUGCAGAGGACGAGCUGCCGCCCGACGAAUCGCAACCGGCUCAGGCACAGCCUGUCUACUUUUAAAAAAGCACAAGUGCCUACUGCAUGCCCUACCCCUCACCAGUUGUAGAUACCGUGUCCAGAAGAGGGGAAAGGGCAGUGACACCCCGCUGCUGCUACUGCUGCUGCUGUAUAUAGUUUUUUUUUCUAUAUGUCCGCUCUCUCUUUAAUUUAAUGACAGCAAAUAAACCAGUUGGCCGUGCA